GGUUGCACGUGUGAAGUGAGAAAUGGUUUCGGGUAACAAAAGACGUAAAAUUCGGUAUUUAUUCUAGGGCUCAUUCAUUAUCUGUAGCCGAAUUGGCCGCUGCUGCACCUUCACUUAGAAGUGGGACUUAGUAGUUCUGGUGGGAUCGCCUCCUGAGGAAAAAUGCAAGGAGCUCUUCAGUCAUUUUUAUCACAUGGAAAUGUCGUAAAAAAUGCAGUUUUGCAACACUUCCGUCUGGUGAAUCCCCUGAUGCGUCCUGUUUUCUUUUCACGCUUCGAGUCGGUUACAUCUGCCCGAAUAGAAGAGCAAGGUUUUGAAAGCACUACCAUUGCGGACGUCUUGAAAGCAAAAGGUAGAAGUGCUGAUGGCUCUUGGCUUUGGUGCACUAUGGAUGACACAGUUUACGAUGCGGUUAAGUCGAUGACACAUCACAAUGUUGGAGCCUUGGUGGUAGUGAAACCUGGAGAGCAGAAAUCAAUUGCAGGAAUCAUAACGGAAAGGGAUUACCUAAGGAAAAUCAUAGUACAGGGAAGAUCAUCCAAGUCAACCAAGGUUGGGGAUAUCAUGACUGAAGAGAACAAGCUUAUCACAGUCACACCUGACACCAAAGUUCUGCGGGCAAUGCAACUGAUGACAGAUAAUCGGAUCAGGCACAUCCCUGUCAUUGAUGGAAAGGGGAUGAUAGGCAUGGUGUCCAUAGGAGAUGUGGUCCGUGCUGUGGUGAGUGAGCAUCGGGAGGAGCUAGACCGCUUGAAUGCUUAUAUUCAAGGAGGUUACUAGAUGAUGAUGACAAUGGUGAUGAAACACUCUCGCGUUGGCUUUGUCAAAUAUUACCUGCUCCUUGAGCAGUAAAAGGCUUGAGUACCUUUGUGAAUAUGGUGUGCUGUGUGCAAUUUCUGUUUUCUGGUUGUGUUUCAGAUGUGGAUGUACGGAUGAUACCAAAUACCAGCAUAAGGUCUACAAGCUAAUAAUAAGCCCUCGAAUGUUGCUUGAAA